CGCGGUGCCCGCUCGUCCGGCCAGUGUGCCACUGAAUAAGACGAUAUCGUUUAGGACGUUCGAGACAUCGCUGCAGUGCCCUUAACAGGAGCAUGAGUUUUUAUUUUUUAAAUUGAGUUUAAAACAAUAAAUACGUCAAUUUGAAGCCUUCUACUGGUACUCCUACUACUUAUACUACUAAUACUUCUACACGCAAGCAGUGCAAUCAUGUACGCCAAAUACUUUUGGGGCGUGUUGCUCGUGACACUGCUGAGCACAGCGGUGGAGAGUAGACGAGUAGGCGCAAGACCGGCCGAGGACGAUGCGGCACCGCAAUCAGAUGUCGAACAACAGUUUAAGCCGGUGUUGAUCGCGCGCAGACCGUUGCAACAGCGAGUGCCGGCCACCGAGGUGGAGAGCGAGCGGCAGCCAGUGGUCGUGGUCCGCCAGACGCCGAGGCUGUUGCAGCAACGGCCGCGCGAAGAGGAGCAGGACGACGAGGAACCGCAGCAACAGGUGCUGAUCAGGCAACCAUCGCCCAAGUCGGUGCAGCAGCUACGCGCGCAACCGCCAGCGCAACAGUUGCUCCAGCAGAGGUCCAACAAGGAGCAGCAGCCGCAGGAGCAGCAAAAGGAACCGACCGCGCAGACCAUCCGGAACUUCAACAAGCUGAACGACGACGGUUCGUUCACGUUCGGCUACGAGGCGGAUGACGGCAGUUUCAAGGAGGAGACACGCGGUACGGACUGCGUGGUCCGCGGCAAGUACGGUUACGUGGAUCCGGACGGCAACAAGCGCGAGUUUUCGUACGUGCAGGGCAAUCCGUGCGACCCGAACGCCGCGUCGGCCGAAGACGACGACGAGCAGCAGCAACAGCAGCUGGCCGGUGGCAAACCGGACGAGGAGGAGAACGUACCGGCCAACGUGCCCAGGCCCAAGCCCAAGAAGAACAACAACCGGCCGACCACCACGCUGUUCCAGCAGACGUUCGGCGACUUUGAGCAGCCACAACCGCAGCCGCGCCCGCAGCCGCAACAGUCCGUGGCCCCUCGCCAACCGGGUCGCCAGGAAACGGUGCGCAGACCACCACCCCAGAUCUUGUCGCCCGUGCAGCAGCAACAGCAGUUCGCUGACCUGCCAUCGUCCACCGUGGCACCGUCGUCGCCACAGUUGCCGUUCCGGCCUUCCAUCGGAUCCGCGGACAACCUAGAGUCGGCUAUCCGCAACCUGCCGCAACCGUCCGGCAAAUCGCAGCUGGUGCCCGCCGGGCCCAACUCACCGCUGUACACCACCGAGCUGGUGUUCGACCCAUCCACCGGCCAGUACAACACCGUGAUAUACCAGCAGGUGCCCAAGCAGCCGGUCGGCAUCAACAUCAACCAGCGCCUGCCCUUGGCCCCGGCCAGACAGCCGCAACCGCAGUUCCAGCCGCACUCGCCUCCACAGUUCCAGUCGCAACCGCAGCCGCAGUCGUUCCAGCCGCAACCACAGUUCCGGCCAUCCACCGUCCAGCCGUCGUUCCAAAGACCCAUUGAGUUCGACUUCCAGCGACCGGCGCCGUCAUCCGCCGUCCAGCAGCAGCAGCUGGUCCAGCAACAGCAAGCCCUGAUGUUCCAACAGUCGCAGAACCUGUUCAGACAGCAACAGAAGCAACAGCAGCAGGCACCGUUCCAACCGCAGUCCACGCAGUUCUUCCCGCCGCCGCCGUCCCCACAGCAGUCGCAAUUCGCUCCGCUGCCCAAGCAACAGCGUUUCGAGCCCCAGCCGGAAGCGCAUCAGCAACAGUUCGUGCUCGUGCAGCCCGGCCGGACGCCGGGACAGCAGAGUUUGGCCGCCGGCCAGAUCGACGCGUUUCUCAGAGGCCACAACGUGCAAUUCUAGACGAAUACGUUUUUAUAUUUAAUUUCUAUUUGUAAAUAGACAACAACGGUAUAUCAUACUGCCCGCGUGGCACGUGUACACGGUACAACUUUACUAACGUGCUCGACAACAAUAACAAUAACAAUAAUGCCCGUUUCGUUUAAGCUUGAUUAAGAAUGUGCAACGCGUUUCGCGUUUUUAAUGCGUUUGAUACUCCACGCGCUAUUCACACCCGUUCGGCUAAUCGGUUUCACCGAACGCAGGUGAAAGCCACGAAUCAAAUGUAUACUUCGCUAAAUGCUGAUGAUUUAAUUUUUGUUUUACUUUGUUUAUUUUUAUAAUAAUUGUUUUUCUUUCUUUCUUCUGAAACGUUUGAUCCUCGUACCAUAGUAAUGUUUCGAGAACGAAAAGAAAAAAAAACAAAUAUGCUCAAGUUCUCUCGAUGUUUGUAAAUAAUAACUUACCUUUUACGUUGUAUA